AUGGACGAGCAUUGCGUCCCCCGAACCCUAAUCCCCGAGCGUCUCUACCGGGUCCAGCAUGACAGAUCCUUCACAAAGGACGUGGAGACAGGGCUAGUUGCAUCCGACAUGAAAACCUUCACCGAUGACACAGGUGAAUUUGCGGUUGCCGUUGAGUCCCACAUAAACGGGAUCAAGGAGGAAGAUGGAAGCAUAUUCAUCUCGGCUUUCGCCAGCAAGGCUCAGGCCGAAGACUGGAUGUGUCGCAAAUGGCGUUCGUAUAGUGAAGGUGCUCAAAUCCUGGAGAUUGAAACCAGUCAUCUUGGCCACGGGUAUGUGUACCGCGCUGGUGAAGUGGCUCACGCUCUCGAGGUGAACGUCUCAGAGACGACGUACGAAGACCUUCACAAUGAGUAUUUGAUCCUGCACAUUGUUCCUGCUCGCGCUAUCAUCGCUCGGCGCGCCCGGAUGGUAACGCACGGAUUGGAAAACAAGGAUUCUACAGGAAACAACAGCUCAAAUGCGACGAUGACAGAAAGGCAAUCACCUGUAUCGAUGGUCCAACCACCCGGGCAGCCGAGUACAUGGGGAGGAGUUGCAUUGUCCAAGUCAGUACGUCAAAUCCGGGGGUGA